CUGGAGUAGCCGACGCGAUUCGCCUAAACCGCUCACUCCGCCACAUCUCCACCCUCCGCACGCCGAACCGACGGCCGCGGUGCACUCUGCUCCCGCUGCCCCCGAACGGUCCACAGAGGGGACCGCACCGCACGACGACGCUUCGAAGAGAGCUUUCCCCGAGGCACAGAACCCGAACCCCACGUUCGACCUAUUAGCGCAGCCGUUAGUCCGGUCUCUGGUCUCCCCGCCCUCUCACACUCAAGAAGCGGCGUCCCUAGAACCGUUCUCAGCCCCUUGCUCCCGCGAACCAGCACCGUUUUCAGCACCGUCUCUGCGAAGACCGUCCGUAGUAGGGCCGUUCUCAGGGCGCGGGACUCCGGGCUCGCAGUGUCAACCUUCGGGGAUUAGGCUGGGGUCAGGUCCUUCUUCUCAAGUACCGUUUUCGGUACCGUCCCCAAAAGGACCGCCCCCAGGGCUUUUGUCAGGGCAAUCCUCAGGUUCGCAGUUUCCACCUGCGGGAAAUAGACUAGGGUCGUCCGAUGCCGCCGGUUCUCAAACCGCUAGAGGGGGGACCACAGCAGCAGCUGACGUGGCGUCUUCUGACGCGGCGCCUUCCUGGCCAAUGGGUGAACCCGCCGCUAUGCCUUGGAAUAAUCCGCCUCCUUUCGGCCCUAUCACGGGAGUUCAGCCGCAACGCCUCGCCGCAGCGCACGCCGUUAUGCCGCAUACGGCUUCGGGAAACACCGCUUUUCUGGCGGGUGAAUCGAACCGGGAACCCCCGUACCAGUAUCUUAACGCGUGGAUGCCUCUCGUCGAGCAGAGCGGGAAUCGCGGGCGGGAUGGUAGCGCAAGUCGCUUGAGGGGUAGCAGCGGCGCCCCGCAAGGGCAGCGGAUAGGAGUGGACUCGAGCAGCCUGGGCGCCAGCGGCGGAAGCAACGUGGUUCCCCGUGCGACCUGCCGGCUGCUUCCGCUCUUCCCUCUUUCAGCCCCCCCCGCAGCUACCACGGGCGCGGAGUCUGCGGAAGCCCCUGACGCGCUGACCACCCCCGAGGCGCAAGGGGGAAUCCCGCCGGGCUGGGAGGAAUGGGCGGCGAUGGCGCUGAUGGCACGAAUGGCGGAAAUCGCUGGGGGAGUUGGCGGAACGCCCGGAUUCCCCGCCGUUCCAGCGCAACCGCAGCUUCUGUCGCCUUCGUCGGCGCGCGGAAGCGGAGUGGCGACGGAUGAGGGCGCGCGGAACGUGCAACGGCGGCGGAGUGGGCGGAGAGGCGGCGGAGAGCGCUACGACCUGUGGCAAGGCCCGGCGCUUUUUACUGGGUCUGCGACCGCCUCCGCUUCUGCCGCCGUUUCCGCUUCCGCUUCCGCUGCCGCUUUGGCUUCUGCUUCCGCUUGCGCCGCUGUUGCCGCUCCCAGUCAGGAGCAAGGGCCGAACUUUAGGUUGCUACGACGGGAGAGUUGGGAAGGCGCGAGAAUCGGGGAAAGGAGGAGCGGGGAGGAGCGGGAGGGAUUGGAAACGACGCGGUCGCUCAAGUGCUCAGUCCGGGAAACGGUACGAGAGGAUGGCGUAGUAAGGCGGAGCCAGUCAGUUGGUAGGGGUAACGCGGCGUUAGUUCAUCCGCCUCAAAGGUUGGUAAGGAGUUCCAGCCAGGCGGUUAGGGUAUCAAACGACGCGCCUCAACAAGUCUUGAAGAGCCCCAGUGUGCCGGUUGCUACCAGAGCGGUAGGCAGCCCGAGUGCGUCGGCGAUUGCAGAGCGGAGCGCGGGGAGAGGUGCGGACGCGGAUGUGCGGUUAAAAGGGAGCGAGUUCAAGACUCCGCAGUCAGGGUCAAGGUCAGGAUCUCUUGGCCAACGAGGUUCGGCGGGUUUGGGAGGUUCGGCGGGCCUGGGAGGUUCGGCGGGACUGGGAGGUUCGGCGGGUCUGGGAGGGUCAGCGGGACUGGGAGGCUCGGGAGGACGUUCAGGGUCACUUGGAAGAGGGGGGUCCGCGGGAAGAGGAGACCUUGCGGGGCGAGAUGGUUGCUGUUCCGCGGAUAAGGGGGCGCAGAGAGUGGAGGGCGCAGAGGCGCGCAGAACAGGGGGGGCAGGCGGGGCAGGCGGGGCGGGGGGCAGUGGGAGCUUCAGCAGCAGGGGGAAUCUGCGGGGGAGUGCGAGCAGCGGUGGCAGGGGGAACUUUGGCGGGGUUGCGAGGAGCGGGAGAGGUAUGGGGGAUUACGGUCUGUCGUAUGCGGUUGAGGGCGGUAGGGGGGAUGGUCGCAUGGGCGGAAGGGCGCAGGCGGAAGGGGAUGGGCAUGGGCGCGCGGGCGUGUGGGGGAACGUUUGGGGAGGGGAAGGGGGGCGAGCGCAAGCAGAUGGAAGUACAGAGCGCGGAAGCGGGGAACUUGGGGAACGCGGAGAGCUUGGGGGAAGGAGGGAGGCUGGUAGGAUCAGAAGCAAGGAGGGUGCUGCAAAGAGAAAGGCUGAGGGGGGGAGUUUCCAGGGAGACGGAACAGACGGUACAGGCAGAGCGUUAGCGUCGCCAAGGGAACCCUCUAGAGAGCUGGAGUCGGCAAGGGAACCCUCUAGCAAGAGGCCGGCCAGAAUGGGCCGGUUACAGGUGCCUGUGUCGUGCGGGUGGGAGGAAUUCGGAGUGGAAACCGAGGGCGAGGAAUUAGGGUUAGCAGGGGGAGGGGUUGGUCCUGCGGGUGGAAGGUGGUCCAGUGCGGUAGGGACCGAUGCUGGUGGAACGAGGAUUGGUGGAGGGACUGGAUCUGGUGGUGGUUGCGAGAGGGCUGGGUCGAGAGACUUCUUCUCGUCCUCCUCCCUGCAUGCCCACCCGUCUCCCCGUGAUCGGGACUUGGUUCGUACCUCGCCAGGUAUGGGUGGGGGUGGGGGAAAGAAGGGUGGGAGCGAGGAGAGGGAGAAGCGGGGGAGUAGGGACCCGUUGGGUGGAUCCAGGGAGACGAGCGGGAGUGGGAAGCGGGAGGAGAGUGGAAGCAGAACGGGAGGAAAGGAGGAGGGUGCAAGUGGGAAAAGGGGGAAGGGUGGGAGUGGGGAGGAGACAGGAGGCGAGUGGGACGCGUUUGUGCUUGAGAUGGCGCGUGGUGCGUCUCUCCCGUGGUCCGACGCAUCUGCUCCUGUCUUGCAUGCCUCUGCUCCUCGCGUGCGUGCCUCUCCUCAGGCAAGCGCAGGCAAAGCAGUGUCGCCAGCAGCAGCAAGAGCAGCGUCAGUCCCUGGUGCUGGUGCUAGUGCUGCUCCUGCUGCUGCCGCGUCCCCUGUGGUGUCUGUACCUGCAGCUGUACCUGUAGGUGCAAGUGCUGCAGCUGCAGGGGCUGGUGGUGGGAGUGUGGCUGCUGCGCAAUUUAAGAGCCCCGCUGCUGCUGAUGCGCUGGUCACUCCUACCCCGGCCUCGCCUGUGGCUACCCUCCCCACUGCUGCCACUAUGAAAUUUGACAUGCGUCGUCCUGCUGGCGACCCUUCCCCAGCUGACCGGCCCCCACACAGACCUGAUCCUGACCAUGCUGUGUGCAGACCAGUGGGCUCACAAGCAGACUUGGCGCCUCACCAGAGGAAGGCUCUUGGCGGGUCGUUUGGUGGCUGGGUCAGGGCUGUGAGCCAGCCCAGGGCAGCCAGUCAGCCCAGGGCAGUGAGCCAGCCCAGGGCAAUCAGUCAGCCAAGAGCAGUGAGCCAGCCAUCUAUCCACAAGGGACUUGAAACGCCCAAGCAUGCUGCUGCUGGUGCUACAGCAGGCUCCUUCGCUGAGGCAGGUGUAAAGCGGCUCAAACUUGCAGAAGCCAGGAUGGAAGAGGCAAAGAGAACGAGUCAAGACAAGGGCUCAGAGGGUAGGGUUGCUCUGCCUGCGAUGGCCGCAAGACUUGGUGAGAUGGGUCAGUGCUGUGGUGAGAUGCUGCAAGAGCAGGUACAGACUGGUGCCUUCGCCGCUGAUCCUGAUGCCCGGGGUGAGGCUGCUGCGGGUGCACAAGCUGCUGUGGCAACGCUGCAGGCAGCAACGCAAGCAGCGCCAAACGUUGAGGCUGCAGCUGGUGGUGGUUUUGGUGCUGAAUGCCCUAUUGCUGCUGCCAGUGAUGCUGCUGCUGCUGCUGGGUGCCUAGCGGGUGCCCAUUUUGCAGCACUGCCUGUGUUUCUCCCUUCUUUGACGGACGCCAAUGAAUCCAAUAAGCCUAACCAGGCCAUAGCACCCGUUGCACCUGCUGCACCUGCUGCUCCUGCAGUGGCCGCUGCCUCUCGUGCUAUGCCUGCUGGCCCAUCUAGUCCUGAUUCUGCAGCACCAGCAGCAGCAGCUGGCACCGCUUCUGUUGCCUCUGCACCGCUUGCUCCCGCACCUGUUGCUGCCACCUUAGCUGUUCCUGCCACACCUCCUGCCGCCGGACCAGUUACUGCUGCUGCUGCUGCUGCUCCUCCUCCUCCUGCUCCUGCUCCUACUGCUACUGCUCCUACUGCUGCUGCACGUCACCCAAGACCCAGACCAGAGCCGACACAGGUGCCAGCAGGCAACAGCAGUGGUGGAGGUAAUGGGGGGUCAGACGACCAAGCACUGGCAGUGGCAGCCGCACUUGUUACCACUGCAACUGCUGCAGCUACUCCUGUCUCCCCGGCACCUGCUGUUGCUGCGGCUGCUGCUGCUGCUACAAAUGCUGCACGUCGCCCUAGGCCCAGGCCAGAGCCCAUAGAGGUGCCGGCUGGGAACGCCAGUCACGGGGGCAGUGGGGGGUCAGACGAGCACGCUCUGGGCGUGGCAGCGGCAGCAGCAGAGUCAGAGGACCAGCUCUCUGUUCCAGGGCCCCUGGCCCUGACAGGUGCACAGCAACGGCGGCAGUGGCAGCAGGGGCAAUGGCAGCAGGGUCAAUGGGGGAUGCUGGGGCGGCAGGGAGGAGAGCAGGCGCAGGCGCAGGGGGGGGAUCAGGGGGGUGGGGCUCAGGGACUUGGAACGCCGGGGUUUGGCAGGGAGCUAGGGUUCAGAAUGCCAGGGUUCUGGCAGCAGGUGCAGGCGGGAGGAGGGAGGGGAGUGGGAGCAGUGGGAGGAGUGGGAGGGAGAGCAGCCAGGGAAGGAGAGGGGGAGGUGCCUACUGGCCCGCUGCUGAGGCACCUGAGGGAGAGUCUAGGGGAGGGAGAGGGGUGGACCUCCCAGGGGAGCUUCACAGGGGAUGAGGGGGAGGGGGGGAGCAGCGGGGGCGGCAGGUGGAGGGAGAGGGAUGUGUUUGUGCUGCGGCUGCUGCAGGGGCGGGAUGGCGGGAGCUCGGGAGGAGGCAGCAGGGGAAGCACAGAGCUGAGAAGAAGAAGGAGGAACAGGAGGAGACGGCAACUGGCACAGGGGGGCAUGGGAGGGGGAUGGGGCAUGGGAAGGGGAGUGGGGGUGGGAGGUCAGAGAGGGAGGCAUGCCAACAGUGGCAGCGGUGGCGUGGGGAGCAACAGCUGCCCUGUCCCUGAUUUAGGGUUUUUCGGAAUCGCAGGCGGCGCUUCAGGUGGAAUCGCAGGUGGUGCUUCAGGUGGAGUUGCAGGUGUCGCUUCAGUUGGAACUGCAGCUGGGCCGUCAGGUGGAAUUCGUGGUGGGGCUUCAGGCGUUUUAGGCAGCAGCAGUGGUUUGGGCGGCAGUGGCGUGGGCGGCAGUGGUUUGGGCGGCAGCGGCUUGAACGGCAGCGGUUUGGGCGUGGUAACAGAGCAGGGCACAGACGACCAGCAGAUAGAGCCUGCAGCAGCACCAUCUGCUGCAGCGGUGGGAUCUGGCAGCUGGCUCCGGAUGGGGAGUGGAGGGAGUGCGAGGGGACUGAAGGAGAGCAGUGGAGGCACCAGGCUUGACUUGGGCACAGGGAUGCUCGCGCAUGGAGGGGCGGGGGCAGGGGCAGGGGCAGGGGGAGACAUAAAGGGGGGAGCAGCGGCAGGGGAGGGGGCGGCUGAGGAAGGGAUAAGAGGGGUGAGAAGCGGCGUAGGUGGGGGGAGGGGAAGUGGGGGAAGUGGGGGGAAGGAAAGUGGGGCAGCACGGAACUGGAUAGCGCGGUUGAUUGGGCCUCGAUUGGCGCGAGGCAAAGCUGGGGGCGAUAGGGGACAGGGGGAAGAAGGUAGAGAAGGGAGGCGAGGGGAGCAGGGGCUACUAGCAGCACCACCGCAGGCAGAUUUGGCAGAUUUGGCGAGGGGCCGGGAUAUGGUGGCACAAAUGCACCAGGUUGGGGUGGCAACGGACGUAGGAGGGGGCAUUUCGGGACCAGGAGACGAGAUGGGUCAGCAGCAGCAGCAACAGCAGCGAGAGCAGCAGCAGGAGCAGGAGGAGAGGCCGCAGCAGCAGAAAUUGGGUGCAGAAGCAGCGAGAUACGUAGCUGGUGUGCCUCGAUUCGGCCCGUUCAUGGCAGGGAGGCUUGCAGGAGCGAGAGGGAGGCUUCCCCAGGGGGGAUUGCACAAGAGAAGGGUGGUGGAGGCCGCAGGGUCGUUCGUCCGUGCACCAGCAGCGUCCGACUCCAUGUUUGCUGCUAGUAGGUGUGCUGCCAGUAGGUGUGGGGGCAAGCGAGAGGCGCCAGGCAAGCGGGAAUCGCCAGGUGGGGCGUGGGGCAGGAAGAGGGCGGUCAAACGGCAGAGGAGAGGCGGUGCUGGUGCUGCUGAUGGUGGUGGUGGUGAGGGUGAGAAUGAGGGUGAGGGUGAGGUGAGAAGUGGAUGGCCUAGGGGUGAUGCUGCUGCUGCUGCUGCUGGUACUGCUGCUGGUUUGGCUGCUGGUGGUGGUACUGCGACUGGCGUUGAUGCUGAUGUGGGUGGCGAUGCUGGUGGUCUUGGUCUCGCUGGUGCUGGUGGUUACGGUACGGGGCAGUAUGGGGAGGGAGAGGGGGAGCAGGGUGGUUUAGUGGAGAGGGCGUGUUUGAUCGCAAGGGCAGUGGCGAGGAGGGCAGUGUUGGACGAGGAGCAGGAGGGGGCAAGGGACUCGCACUCCAUUGAAGGGGGAUCUGUUGACGAUGUGGAUAUGCUGGAUGGUGCUUAUGAUUUUGGUGCUGCUGCUGAUUUUGGUGCUGCUGCUGAUGGUGCCGAUGUAGCUGCUGCAGCCGUUGCUGCUCAUGGUGGCACUGCGGCUGCGGGAGCUGCCCUUGACGAUACGGCUGCUCCUGUUGCAGUUGCACAUCUUUCCAAUGCCCACCCUAUGAGUACCGCUGCUGCUCUUGCUACUGCAAAUUUUGCUCCUACCGAUGCUCCUGCUGGUUGCUUUCCUGUUGCUUGUGCUCCUCUUGGUCCUCCGCGCCCAAAGCUACAGCUGGCGCUCCUUCCCUCUGCACCUCCUCCGGUUUCCCCGAAUACCCCCCCUUUUGCUGAGCCACCUCAACUACCUGCCCCCCUCAAUAGGCCCCCCUCCCCACCUCCCCCGGCCCCCUAUCUAAGGCCUCCCUCCCCUCCUCCUCCUCCUGUCCCCUCUCCUACGCCCCCCUCCGCACCUCCUCUCCCCUCUCCAAGACCUCCCUCCCCACCUCCUCCUUUCCCUGUUCCCCCUCCUAGGCCUGUAUCGCUCAGCUGGUCCCAGCACUCUGCCAACGUGGCAGCCCUCAGAUCGUGGCUCCACGAUGCUGCCACGUGGCACGAGCUCGUUGGCCAGCAGGAGCGUGAUCUGGGCUUGGCUGGAUGGAAUGAGCGGUUUUGGGUAGAAGGGGAGGACGAGGAGGAGGAGGGGGGGAAGGAGAGGGAGGAGGGGAAAGAGAAGGAGGAUGAUGGGAGAGAGGAGUGUAGGGCAGAGGAGGGGCAGGAGAAGGAAGGGGAAGAUAAGGGAAAGAGGGAGGGGAUUGAGGAGAUUAGCGAACGGGGGAAGGGAGGGGUGCAGGUGGUUGGAGGAGAAGGAGUGGAAGGAGUGGAAAGAGUGGGGAAGCACAGAGAAGAUGGGGGCAAGAUGUCCCUGGAGGGGCCGCAGUGCAUGUUCUGUGGGGUGUGCGGCCACACGGUGCUGAGUUGCUCUGAGACUCGAGACGAGGAGGAGUUGUCUCUGCUGGUGACUCGGCUGGGGGAUUGGAUUGAGAGGGGAGGAGGGGUGGCGGGAGGAGGAGGGACGGAGGGUGGAGAAGGGCAGGAGGAGAGAGGGAUGGAGGGAGGAGGAGGGGACGAGGAGAGAGGAGGGGAGGAGGGAGGAGUGCAUAGGAGAUGCAGAGAGAAGGGUAAAGUGAGUGAGGAGGAUGGUGGGGGAGAGGAAGAGAGCAUGGGUGCAGAGACUGGGGGGUUGGGGGGAGCGGAGGGGAUUGUAGAGACGAGGCAAGGGGAUGUGAAACGAGAGAAUGGGCCUCGAGUGAUGGACGGCUCGUGGGAACAGAGAGGAGAAGCGCCGUGCUUAUGUCUGUGGUGUGGGGUGGGCGGCCACUGGGCGGCAGACUGCGCAGUGCUGAUGGAUGAGAGGAGCUUGUGCUGCGCCAAGAGCUUUGAGAAUUCUAAAAAAUCUCCCAUUAUGCGUGAGACAGUGGCUGCCCCUCCCACUCUCCCUGCGCUCCCUUCUCAUCUGCCUGAAAGCCUUGGAAUGACUCCAGCUGCCCCGUUUCCUGCUCUGACUCCCACUCUGCCCGAAAAGACUUCUGCUGUUCCUAUCCUUGCUGUCCUUCCAGCUCUGCUGCCUGCUUUGGCUUCCUCUCAGCCCAUUGAUGUCACCGCUGCUGCUGCUUCUCCUGAUGCUCCUGCUGUGGAUGGCUCUGCUGCUGCCGCUGCAGACCUCAAGCAUAUGACAGCAGCAGCAGCAGCUGGCACCACAGCAACCGCGGCAGAAGCAGCAGCAGCCGCAGAAGUAGCAGAAGUAGUGGCACGUGCCAUUGAUGGUUGGACCACACGUGUGAACCAUCUACCACCAGAGGCAGCUAACUUCGCACCUCCUAAUUUCUCUCCUCUCACCCCUCCUCCCCCUCAUACUUCUCCGGCUAACACUGAGGGCUGUACAGACAACCAUGCCCAUGCCCAUGCCAGUGUGGCUGCAGCCACGCAACCAGAGGAAGCUCCCCAUUCCUGCGGCCCUCUUGCUUUGGCAUCAGGUUCGGCACCAGCUCCGGCACCAGUGCCAGGUUCGGCAGCAGCUCCAGUGUAUGACUGGGCACGUCUGCUAGCAGGCAGGCAGCAGGGAGGAGGAGGAGGAGAGGGCAUAAAGACGGGUGGAGACAAAGCGAGGCUGCCUGCUGCUCUGCUGGAUGCGGUGGAGGGAGCUCGGCUGGCAAGGAGGGACUUGCACAGAACCAUUCAUACCAGGUGGCAGGGGCAGGGGGAGCUAUCAGCGAAGGCAAAGGGGUGCUUCCUGCGACUGAGGCUGGGAAGGAAGGGCGAGGACAUGGGCGGCACGGGGUACUGCAUGGGGCGAAUCACAGCUAUUGCAAGCAUGGGUAACAAGCCACCCGCCGCAGGUGCAGGGGUGGGGGUCUACGGGGGAGAAGCAGGAGUAGCAGCAGCAGCCGGCCCGGAACCAUCUGCAUGUGUGGACUCCUCUUUGCUGCUCGCUCUGGUGGUGGACUUGGGGGAUAGGGAAUACACUGUGGACGCGCACUUCCUGUCAAACAAGCCAUUUCUCGAGGUGGAGGUUUCUGACUGGUGUGAGAAGAUGUGGCGGCGUGGUGGGAAUGCACUCCUUGACUCAGUGCUGUCGCAUGAGCUCUUACAACGUACCGGUAAAACACAUGAAAGGAGGCUGUGGAAGUGACACUAUACAGCACAGUACCAUGUUUUUGUAGCAGCAAGUUUUUGUACCACAGAUUUCUGUUACCGUAUUCCCCCGUAUAUAACACCCGCCGGAAUAGUCACUCCGUGGGUGGUUUAAGCGGGGUAGAGCUUAUGAUAGGGUGCAUUUAGGAGAGCACCCACUUUUUUUACCUUGAAUUUUACAUAACACCCCCCACCUUUUUGCUACAAUGUAACUGAUACAACAUUAAGAAUUGAAGUACA